AAAGUCCCAAACAGCAAGCGAUAAAAGAGAAACAAAUUCAACUCGACCUAAUCAUAUUAAAUUUAGACAUUGUCUGCAUGAAAAGUGCUUUCACCUCGCCACAGGACAUAAUCGAUGCUUUUGCAAAAAAAAUUUCAACUGUGUUUUUAAAUUCUGAUUCUUCUAAUAUUGAGUUCAUGCCUUCAAAUUUAACUAGUAUGAAUAUAUCUCUGAACACUAAGAGACCUACACUGGACAGAAUGUUCGCUUCGACGUCACAAAGAAAUGAUGAUGGUUUGCGGGCGUCUUACAAUAUCUCGUUACUUAUAGCAAAAUCUGGAAAACCGCAUACUAUCGGAGAGAAGUUAAUUUUGCUAGCCGUUGAAGAGGAUUUAAAAACUGUUUUACACAAACCUGCAUCUGAUAUCAUUAAAAGAAUUCCCUUAAGCAACAAUACUGUUGAAAGACGUAUUGAUGGAAUGAGUUCUGAUAUUGAAAGCUUCUUAUGUAAUUAUUUGCAGACGACCCAUUUCUCUAUACAACUGGACGAGUCAACUUUGCCUGAUAAUGCAGCAUUAUUAUUGGCAUAUGUUCGUUUUAUUAUGAAUCAAGAAAUCUACGAAGAACUGAUCUUCGCAAGAACUUUGAUAACCGACACUAAAGUAGGCUUAGGCGUUUUCAGUUUGACAGAAAAAGAAUCCAAUGUAAAGCCAGAUUGGUCAGACGUACCUGAAAUGCGUGUGGAGUUAAAGUUCGGUCGUUACGACAGGUUGUAUAUAACAAACAUUACAUAUAAAAUUUUAGAAAAAACAAAAUAUAGUGAUAUAAAAAUACAGGCAGCAUCUGCGAACAUUCAUAACUACUGUAAAGCUAUAUCCGUAUAA